AUGGAGCAAUAUGUUGAUUUAGACAAAAUCAGUCUUAAUGAAGUCAUUGGCUCUCUGAGCGUCCACGAGUUGCGACUCAAGGAGCGAGAGUCUCAGGAGGAGGAGUAUGCAUUGCUCGCCAGAGCACUAAGCAAAGGGACAAUCACGAGUGAGGAGUCCUCAUCUCAUGGAAGAGAUCAACAUCACAGCUGUGGUAGAGGUAGAGGAAGAGGCAGUGGUCGAGGUCAACAUCCCCCUCUUGAUGAAGGUAAAAAGUACUUUGAUAAAUCUCAAAUACAAUGUUAUAACUGUGAGAAAUAUGACCAUUUUGCUUACGAAUGUCGAAGUGCCAAGAAGACGAUCCCUGAGCAAGCAUAUGUUGCUAAGUCCUUGGAGAAGCCUGAAGUAUCUUCACUUUUGAUGAUGAUUGUGGAAGAACAGAGUGAUUUAUUACUUUAA